CAGCGGACUGUGAGAGACUGUUUGGAUCAUAAGGAGGCCUCACAGGUGCAGCAGCCUUUCGUUGGUCAGUCGACACGUUCAAGCAAUCCACGUGGCUCGGCAAACAGGUUCCCAAGGACGAUUUCCGGACGGAAGGGCUUGCGUUCAUCUUGAGGAUGCGGAGCGUCGCCUGAGCGAUAAGAAUUGCUGAGCGAACGACCGAAGUGAAUUCUCCUUCCCAUCUGAUUGAGAGACACUGCAUAAAUACACACCAGCAAGAUGACUCUGGCACUCAAAAUCCACAUUGUGGAACAAAAUGUUCGCAAGAUGAUGCAGUUUGACCCAACCACAAUGGUGUUUGACGCUUGUCGCAUCAUUCGUGAGAAGAUCACUGAGGCCAACUUGGGCCAGCCCAAAGACUAUGGUCUCUUCCUGCCUGGAGAAGAGGGUUCAGGUGUGUGGCUUGAGGCUGGUCGCAACCUUAGCUACUACAUUCUCAGAGAUCAGGAUGUGUUGGAGUACCGGCGGAAGGUUCGUACUCUGAAGGUCCGCAUGUUGGACGGGAGCAUCAAGACCCUGCUGGUGGAUGAUUCCCAACCUGUUUCACAGCUUAUGGUUGUUAUUUGUACCAAGAUUGGAAUUAUGAACCAUGAUGAGUAUUCACUUGUAAAGGAAAAUGAACAAGAAGAAAUAGAAAACAGAUCAAAUUUUGGAACCCUGACUCUGAAGAAGAAAAAGGAGGGUGACAAGGAAAGAGAUGCUAAGAUGGAACAGUUGAAAAAGAAGCUCCGUACAGAUGAUGAAAUGAACUGGGUAGACCACAGCAAAACACUGAGAGAGCAAGGCAUCGAUGAAACGGAAACCUUGCUUUUGAGAAGAAAAUAUUUCUUCUCAGACCAAAACAUUGACUCAAGAGAUCCAGUUCAGUUGGGUCUCCUGUAUGUGCAGUGUCGUGAUGCUAUUCUGGAUGGAACUCACCCAGUCACUGUUGACAGAGCUUGCAGAUUUGCUGGCAUUCAGUGUCAAAUUCAGUUUGGUGACCAUGUGGAUGCCAAACACAAGACAGGAUUCCUUGAUUUAAAGGAAUUUCUACCCCAGAGCUAUGUCAAAACAAAAGGAAUUGAAAAGAAAAUCUACCAAGAACACAGAUUACAUUCUGGGGAAAGUGAGCUUGAUGCCAAGGUUGUUUAUGUUGGAGAAGCAAGAUCUCUCAAAACCUAUGGAGUGACAUUUUACUUGGUGAAAGAGAAGAUGAAGGGGAAGAACAAACUGGUGCCUCGCCUCUUGGGUGUGACAAAAGACUCUGUUCUUCGUCUGGAUGAGAAGACCAAAGAAAUUUUGAAAACCUGGCCCUUAACCACUGUGAGACGUUGGGCAGCAUCACCAAAUACCUUUACCUUAGAUUUUGGCGACUACUCUGAUCAGUACUACUCAGUACAGACAACAGAGGGUGAGCAGAUUGCCCAGUUGAUUGGUGGGUACAUUGACAUCAUUCUGAAGAAGCAAAAAGCUAAAGAUCACAUCGGCAUUGAAGGUGACGAUGGCUUAACGCUGAUGGAAGAGAUUGUGUCCCCAUUCAAGGCUAGCAUCAUGCAACAUGGAGGCUCUGCAGCACCAGAAGCUCAGUCUGUGGAGCAAGACUCUAUUUCCAUCCCAGCAGUGAUGAGACCAGGGGUCAAUGGUGAGCAGAGCUUCAGGCAAGGCUCCAUGCCCGGGGUGCAGUCAGUGGCCGUUGUGGGCCAGGUCAACCUUGCCCACCAACCGCCCACAGCCAAACAUCCUCAAGUAACAAGCGUGAUGAGCAAGCCACAGAAAGCUCUCAUGUCGACUAUCGAGACUGGCCAAGUUAUCAUUGAAGAAUGUACUGAAAUCUUGGACACAAAAGCUGAACUUCCUGAACUGGGCACAGAUCCUGCAUCUGUUAAAUGGAAACAAGUUACUCUCGAUUCUAAUAAGCAGACAGUUACCAGUCAGAUAGCUGCCAUGAAUGCUGCCACUGCUGAAGUUGUCACCCUGACUUCAUCUGUACAUGAAGAAGUUGAUCACACUGCUGUUGGUGCUGCCAUCCACACCAUCACUUCCAAUUUACCUGAGAUGACCAAGGGUGUGCGAAUGAUUGCUGCUCUUCUUGAGACAGACAGAGAGUCAAAUGAUCUUCUUGGUGCUGCCAAGGUGCUUUGUUCAGCAUUUUCAGAUUUGAUGGUUGCUGCCAACCCUGAAAGAAAGGAACCCCGUCAGGGCUUACUGUCAGCUGCUUCUCAUAUUGGAGAGGCAUCACAUGCUGUCCUCCAAACUGCAGACAUACAUCUUGAUCAUGAAACACAAGAUAUUCUUCUUGGAUUAGCCAAAGCUGUAGCAAAUACCACAGCAGCCUUAAUUCUCAAAGCUAAAGCAGUGGCAUCACGUUGUGAGGAUCAAGAACUUCAGAAUAUUGUAAUCAAUUCAGCCACUGCAUGUGCCCUUGCUACAUCUCAACUGGUUGCAUGUGCUAAAGUUGUAGCCCCAACUAUUGACAGUCCAGCAUGCCAGAGCCAACUCAUUGAAGCUGCAAAGGAAGUUGGUCGGGCUGUGGAAUGCAUGGUGCAGGUUUGUCAGAGAGCUACACAGGAUGAGGCCUUACUCCGUGAACUUUCACAAGCAGCAGCAGAAGUCACUAAGGCACUAAAUGAUCUUUUGAAUCACAUCAAGACAGCAGGAGAACAGAAAGGACGUGUCAGUGUACAUGAUGAGGCAGUGGAAACAAUUCUUGUCUCAAGUGAAAAGCUCUUUGCCUCUCAGGGCAAUGCUCCAGAGAUGGUGAGGCAAGCAAAGAUCCUUGCCCAGGCCACAUCCCAUCUCAUACAGUCUAUCAAAUCUGAGGCUGAAAGCCAGGGAGAUGCUGACUUACAAAACAGAUUAUUGGCUGCAGCAAAACAGCUUGCUGAUACCACUGCCAGGUUAGUUGAAGCUGCCAAACAGUGUGCCUCACACCCCAAUGAUGAAAACAGACAGUUUAUCCUUAGGGAGGUUGCAGAAAGUGUAAGAACUGCAACAAAUGUAGCUUCCAGUAAUGCACUCAAGAAAAAGAUUAUAAAACGCCUUGAAAAUGCUGCCAAACAUGCAGCAGCCACAGGAACACAAUGUAUGGCUGCUGCUCAAGGAGCUGGUCCACACAACAGCAAUCCAGCAACACAAGAUGAAGUGAUGGCUGACUGCAAGCUGGUUGCUGAUGUAAUCCCUCGACUUGUUGAGGGUGUAAAAGGUACAAUCAACAAUCCUGACUCACCAAGAGCUCAAUUGGCUCUCAUUAACUCAUGUAAUCAGUUUCUACAACCUGGCACAAAGAUGCUGGCAUCUGUUAAAGCUGCUCUCCCUACUGUCACUGAUCAAGCUUCUUCCCUUCAACUGAAUAAUUCUUCAAAACAAUUUGGUCAGGCUCUUGCAGAUCUUCGGUCAUCAAUGGGAAAAGCACAGGAAGCUUGUGGUUCAUUGGAAAUUGAUUCAGCACUAGAUGCCAUUCAUGGUCUCACUGAUGAUCUUGAUGACCUUAAGAAAGCUGCAGAAAUGGGUACUUUGCGUCCUCUGCCAGGUGAAACCCCAGAAAGUGCUGCCCAGCAACUUACAAACUCAAGCAAAACAGUGGGUUCAACCAUGGCACAGUUGUUGACAUCAUCAACUCAGGGAAAUCAGCAUUUCACUGGUCUGGCAUCACGUGAUACUGCUUUGGCCCUUAAAGAAUUUUCUUCAGCAGUUCGUGGUGUUAUUGCUACAUCCAGAGAUCAUCAGUUAAGAGAGCGCCUCUUGAUGGCUGCUCGUGAAGUUAUGAUAAGGAGUUCAGAACUAAUUGAGGAAGCUCGUAUUGUUGUCCAAGGUCCGCAAAAUGCUGCCUCUCAGCAGAAAUUGGCUCAAGUUGCUAAAGGUGUAUCUCAGGCUCUUAACCAAACAGUUAAUUGCUUACCUGGUCAAAAAGAUGUUGAUGAUGCCAUUUUGAACAUCACAGAGUCAACAAAUGACUUGGAUGCAGGCAGAUUCCCUCAGAGUUCAAGACCAUAUGGAGAACUCCAGUCAGAAUUGAGCAAUGCUGCAGCAGAACUUAAUAGUGUCACUUCAGAGGUUGUGACAUCAGCUCGCAUGUCAACACAACACCUGGCAACAUCUUCCAAGAAGUUCUCUGGGGCAUUUGGAAAUCUCAUGGGUGUUGGUAUGGAAAUGGCUGGAACUACUCAAGAUCGAGGAGUUCAGGGACAGAUAGUCAUAAGCUUAAAAAGUGUCUCUAUGUCGUCUUCUAAACUGUUAGUCUCUGCCAAAACUGUGUCUGCAGAUCCUAAUGCUCCUAAUGCCAAAAACCAGCUUGCAACUGCUGCUCGAGCAGUGACAGAUUCCAUCAACAAUUUGAUAAAUAUUUGCACAUCGGCUGCCCCAGGACAAAAAGAAUGUGAUAAUGCAGUCCGUGCAAUCCAGUCAAUGAAGCCUCUCCUUGACAAUCCAUCUGAAGCAGUUACAGAUUUGACAUACUAUGAAUGCCUGGACACAGUAAUGGACCGAUCUAAGAGUCUAGGUGAUGCAAUGACUGGUAUUGCCAAUUAUGCUAAAAAACUUGAACAUGACAAGUUUGGAUAUGCAGUUAAGGAUGUAAGUGAAGCUAUUUGUGGAUUGAUAGAAAGUGCAUCCCAAGCUGCUUACCUUGUUGGUAUAUCUGACCCAACAAGUGUGGCAGGACGCCCUGGGCUUGUAGACCAGUCCCAAUUUGCUCGGGCAUAUCAAGCAAUUGUCUCUGCUUGCCAAACACUGACAGAUUCCAACAGCAAUCAGCAACAAGUCCUAAAUGCAGCAACCAUUAUUGCCAAACACACUAGUGCUCUCUGCAACAGCUGCCGAGUUGCAUCAGCAAAGACAAAUAAUGUUGUAGCAAAGCGACAUUUUGUGCAGUCUGCCAAAGAUGUUGCUAAUGCUACAGCUCACCUGGUGAAAGAAAUCAAAACUUUGGAUCAAGACUACAGUGAUGAGAACCGAGCUCGUUGCAGUGCUGCCACUAAGCCUCUUUUGGAAGCUGUAGAAAACCUUUGCACAUUUGCAAGUUCCCCAGAGUUUGCCUCUGUUCCUGCCAAGAUUUCUGCAAAAGCUAGGGAAUCACAAGAACCAAUCACAUUUUCAGGAAAAGCAAUCAUUAAUGGAUCUUGCUCCAUGAUUGAAUCUGCUAAGAGCUUGGCUGUUAAUCCCAAAGAUCCUCCUACAUGGCAGUCAUUGGCUAACCAUAGUAAGAGUGUCUCAGACAGCAUCAAAAGCUUGGUUGCAUCAAUCAGAGACAAAGCUCCAGGACAGAAGGAAUGUGAUGAAUCCAUUGAAAAACUUAAUGUGAACAUAAGAGAUCUGGACCAAGCUUCAUUGUUAGCUCUAGAUCAGAAUCUUCCUCAGCAUACUGAUAACACUUUACAGGGAUACAAUGAACAAGUUGAGAAUGCUGGACAUGCCCUUUUGAACAAUAUUGACAAAGUGAGGGCUGCUGCCAAGAGUGAAGCUGAAAACUUGGGCCAUUCAAUCACCCAGAUGUCAAGCUACUUUGAUCCCAUGGUGAAUGCUGCUAUUAGUUCAGCAUCAAACAUGCUUAAUAGCAAGCAACAGAUGUGUAUUCUGGAUCAGACAAAAACUGUGGCUGAGUGUGCUCUUCAGCUAGUCUAUGCUUCUAAAGAAGCAGGUGGGAACCCCAAGGCAACCCAUGCACAUCCUGAUGUUGAUGAUGCUGCAGACACGAUGAAGGAAACCUUGCAGGAACUCUUGUCAACUGUGGAGACCAUUGCUACAGAAGCUGGAGUGGUGUCUGGUCUUGUUGAGAGUAUCACCACUUCCAUGCAUCAUAUUGAUGACAUCUAUGCUGCCCCAAUGGUGGAAGGAGAUACCUUUGUUGAUUACCAAACACGUAUGGUGACUGCUGCCAAGGAGAUUGCAAAGCUGGCACAAGAUAUGGUUGGAAAAUCAUCAACUGAUGCUUCUCAGCUGGGUGCUCUGGGAGCCAGUUUGUCUCAUCAGUUCAACUCACUAGCCUCAGACUCUGCUGGAGCCAUUCGACAGUCAUCCAAUCCAGAAGUUGGAAACAGGCUGCGUUCAAGUGUACAUGAACUUGGUCAGGCUUGUAUUGAUAUAGUGAAGGCUGGAGGGGCCUGCCAAGCCGCCCCACGAGAUACUUUCUGCCAGCGAGAUCUGUCUGAAUCUGCCCGUCAUGUUAAGGAAAAGGCUUCACAUGUGUUGGCUGCCCUCCAAGCUGGUUCAAGGGGUACUCAAGCCUGCAUCAAUGCUGCGUCCACAGUGUCAGGCAUUAUUGGUGACCUUGAUACUACCAUAAUGUUUGCCACUGCUGGGACACUCAACUCAGAGAAAGAAGGGGAAAACUUCUCAGACCAUCGUGAAUAUAUUCUGAAGACUGCCAAGGCUCUUGUUGAAGACACAAAAACUCUUGUGGCUGGUGCAGCAUCAUCUCAGGAACAAUUGGCUGUUGCUGCUCAGAAUGCUGUUUCCACCAUUGUUCAGUUGUCAGACAUAGUGAAAAGUGGAGCCUCCUCACUGGGAAUCAAUAACCCAGAGCCACAGGUCAUGUUGCUGAAUGCCGUCAAGGAUGUUGCCAUGGCUCUGGGAGACUUGAUCCAUGCCACAAAGGCUGCUUCGGGCAAAUCGCACAAUGACCCAGCUAUGACAACCCUCAAGGAGUCGGCAAAGGUAAUGGUGACCAAUGUAACAUCCCUUCUGAAGACCGUGAAAGCUGUGGAGGAUGAACACACUCGAGGAACCAGGGCCCUCGAGGCUACCAUAGAGGCCAUUGCCCAGGAAAUAAGGGCAUUUGAUUCUGAUGAGCCUCCCAAAACAAAAGCUACACCUGAGGAUUUGGUUCGAUGCACUAAGCCAAUCACACUGGCGACUGCUAAAGCCGUGGGUGCUGGCAACAGCCUCAAGCAAGAUGAUGUUAUUGUUGCUGCCAACAUGGGUCGUAAAGCCAUCUCUGAUAUGCUCACCACUUGCAAGGCUGCAGCAUGGUGUGCUGAGACAACAGAUCUUCGUUCCAAAGUCAUGACUUCUGGACAUGAUCUGGCUGUGCAGUACAGAGAGCUCCUUCAAAUGGUGAUGCAACUUUUGAUGAAGGCAACUCCUGAGGCUCGUAAUGCACUUACUGUUGUCUCCCGCAAGAUUGCCCAUUGUAUUACAGACCUGGUGGCCACAACAGAGCCACUGAAGGCCCACUUCAAAUGGCACGAGGCUGGUGUGAGUCCCCCCAGUGGGCAUGACUGGGAAGAUCCAGACGACCCAACUGUGGUAGCUGAGAAUGAGUUGAUGGGAGCAGCCAAUUCCAUUGAUGCUGCAGCUCGCAAGUUGAUGGCUCUUCGGCCUCGCCGUAUGGAACAAAAGGAGGUUGAUGAAUCAAUGAACUUUGAAGAAAUUAUCUUAGAAGCUUGCAAAUCCAUUGCUGCUGCUACUGGAGCCUUAGUGAAAGCAGCAUCUACAGCACAAAGGGAGCUUGUUGACUCAGGCCGUGUGAGAAGACGUCCAACUGCAACAUCUGACGAUGGCCAGUGGUCUGAGGGCCUCAUCUCUGCUGCUCGUCUUGUAGCAGCAGCAACACAUUCACUUUGUGAAGCAGCCAAUGCACUGGUUCAAGGACAAGCCAGUGAGGAAAAACUUAUUUCAGCUGCAAAACAGGUUGCAGGGUCCACUGCUCAGCUGCUUGUUGCUUGUAAAGUAAAAGCUGAUCCUGAUUCAAAUGCAACCAAGCGCCUGCAGUCAGCAGGUAAUGCUGUUAAGCGUGCCACUGACAACUUGGUGCGGGCUGCACAGCAGGCCAUUGACCAAGAGGAUGAAGUUAUUGUAAUUGUACCAAGCCGAAAAGUUCCUAAUCUUUCUCAAAUCAUUGAUGCACGUGAAAAUUACUACAAAUUAAUUAGGGAUACUGAGCUUGCUCGAGAAAAAUUAAGAAUUCUUCAGAUCAGCCAGUACAAGGAUGGUCAUGAAUCAGGACUAUCUGAUACAGAAAACUCUGGAUAUGAUUCCUCCUCAAAGUAUGACCCAUCAUAUGAAACUGGAGGAGUGAUCACUUCUACACGCAACAUAAAGGUGAACUACAAAACAGAGCCUUCUGCAAUGAACUCUCGUACAUUCGCCCCUAGUCCCAUACAGAGCACCAUCACCAUCACACCAUCAAAGCCAGACCAGUCUAAUGGUGGAUCUUCAAGUUACACUUCAGUCUUGCACACAAGAAUUAAUGAUAGUGCUGAAGGAUUUGAUGAUGGCCCCACUUUUAAAGAGGCCCUAAAAGCAUUCCAGGGCGAUGCUAAUUCUAGUGUAUCAUCAGCCAAUACUUCCUUUUCAAAGGUAAACAGAUCUUUUAAUGAAUCACAGCAGAUAAUUACAACCUCAACACAGCAAAUUCAACGCACUAUGCACACCACCAGCUCUAAUAAGAGUUACCAUGUAGAGGAGAGUUGAAGUGAAUAACUGACACCAUGUUCUUUAGAAUAUAGAUAUACUUUUGUUCAUGCCAUUUUUUAAAGGAUAUAUUUUGAGAAAGCAAGCAAAACAUACAGUAUAUAUAUAUAUAUAUAUAUAUAUAUAUAUAUAUAUAUAUAUAUAUAUAUAUAUAUAUAUAUAUAUAUAUAUAUAAAAUAUAUAAUAAUAUAUAGUGCAGUAACCAUGUUUUAACUAUAAAAGCUUUGUUGCUUUCAUCUAAGUGCUUUGUGUUAAAAGUAAGUUGCAAAGUUACUGAACAGUAGAUAGGAGUCAAGGUGCCUUUAAGUGUCCAUCCAUUUCUAUCAAAACCAUUAGUUUUCAUGUAAAGUUGUUAAUCUCGAUAAAGUCAGUCGGGCACAGGGAUGAUGUUCUGAUGUCACUAAAUGAAUAUUAACUGUUAUUAUUAGAUAUAAUUUUUUAAAUAUUUUAUUUAUAUUAUAUUUUUCAGAUAAAAGUUAAGAAAUGGAAUGUUUCACAGUUUCAUAAUCUCAAAAAAAAAUAGAAUACCUUUAACUAUAUUUAGAUAUAGAGAACAUUAUGAUUGCAUUUGUUACCCACUUAACAAAUGGUGCUGAUUUAUUUCAUACUAUAGUCAUAUUAAACAUAUCAUAUGUACAGUUGUAUUCCAUGCCAUUGUAAUGUAGCCUAGUACAAAAAAAAAAGAAAAAAGUGGUGUGAAAUAAGUAAAGAGGGGGAUUGUAACUAUUGACCAUUAAACUUAAGUCUUGUACAUACCAAAUGCUACUACUUAAGCAUUAUUAGCACUAGCUUAAAAUUAGCAUUUCAGACACCCCUCUUUCUUAAAUCACCCUUGAUGUUGUUUUGCGAGCCCACUCCAGUAAAUCCGUCGCAAAUUAAUUAGUGCCUAAGGGCAAGAAGCCCUUGUGUCUUAUCUAAUAUAUAACAAAAUAUUUUAAAUGUGUUCAAGAAUCUGUAAAAUUUUAAUGUCAAAUAUAUAUGUUUCUUUUUAAAAAACUGAAAAUUUACUACCACCAAUAAAAAUCUAACACUAAUUUGCAAUUUCAAAUCUAUACUGUUUGUGCAUGUAUGUCAAAUAACUUAAAUCAAGACAGGCAUAAAUUUUCCAGAUGCUUGUAAUUUUUUAUAAGUACUAUAGGUAAACUCACCAACUCAUGAAUGGGCCACAAACAAUAUAUUAUAAAAAGGCAUGCAAUAGUCUUGAAUAAAUGUUUAGUAGUUAUAUAACAAGGGCAUGCAACAGUCUGUCAACUUUUAAAUUUUAUCAAAGGCAUACAGUAGACUGCAUAAAUGUCUACUUUCAUAUUUUUCUUGGCAUAAAUAUUUUAUAUUUUUUUGCCAAAAAUGUUUAGUUUUAAAAACCAUCUUCCUACACAUUUAACUUUUGUUUUAUUUCCAUUUGAGCUGCUUAAUGAACUACUAUUGAGGCAAA